CUUGGAUCAGUUCAAUAUGCAAUCUUGAGCAAAAUAUUCUCUUAAAAUAUAUAUAAAUAAUCCUGAGACUAACUUACUAGGCGAAUUUUGAAUAAAAGACUCUUCUUCCAAGACUUACUCUAAAAUGCCCUUUUGUCGCUGUGGAGAGCUCUCUCAUAAUGAAAAAUGUAAAAAGUGUGGAUUUGAGACGACCUUAACAGACGUAAGCAAAUCAGGUAUCGUGGAUAGAUGGCAGUCGAGGUACCUAAAUAGUGUUGUUGGGCGAAGAAACCUGGUUUCGCCAGUACAGGAGCAAGCUGAUGAAAAUCAACCUCGGUUUUUAUCAGCAAUUUCAAAUAAAUCAGCAACGUUUAAAGAAAGGCCAUUGAGUACUUUGUUAGAUCACAGGAGAGCAAAACUACAGGAACUAAAGUCCAAAGAUCUAUUUCGUCUGUCGCAAAUUCAGAUCGAACAACCAAUAAAGGAUGAAAAGGUGUGUCAAGAAUGUAAUCAGAAAUUAUCUGGGAAAUUGGUCAGAUUGCCUGAUACUCAAGAAAGAUAUCACUGGAACUGUCUAAGAUGUGAAGGCUGUAAAGGAUUGUUUGAUAACACAUCUUUUGUAAUCGAUCCUCUAAAGAAAAUAUAUCAUCCAAAAUGUGCACUGUUUAUGCCAUCUUCACUGGAUUGCUCGGAAUGCUCACUGCCUAUCAUUGAAAGCUAUAUUGUAGUAAAUAGCUCUACAUUGCAUGUGAAGUGCUUCAAGUGUACCUGUUGCAACAAAGUUUUACAGCCAUCAGUCAUGUAUACCGACAUGAAUGGAGCAUUUUGUCAACAAUGUACAGCCACAGAGCUACCACAAGAUCAAGAGUUACUUUCAAAGCAUAUGAGGAUUGUACCUUUUCCUCAGUCUAUACCAGCUACACGACCGGCUAUCCCAAAGGGUACACUUCUUUAUGAAGAUAAUGAGGAGUUUUCUGGGAGUGGACCAGAAUAUAAAACAGUAGAGCACUAUUUAAGGAUGCCUGCAUCCGCACCUUGCUCACCCUAUAGUCGCCAUAUUACAUCUUUUGUAAAACCUUCAUCUUUAAUGAGCUCUAGAGAAAAGCCACUGCCCCGUUUUGGCAUUGUUCGUGCUUGUCCAAGGUGUAACGAGCGUAUAACUUCAGUUCAUGAAGAAAUACCUGGCCCCAAGGCAUCACGGUGGCACAAGAAAUGUCUGUCUUGCACAGGUUGCAAUAAACUGCUGGAUUCAGGAGCAGCUGUGCACGAAGACAGUUCGACGGGAAGAUUGUAUCCCUGGUGCACAACUUGUUCGGUAUGUAAAGUUCAUUCGAGCCAAUAAAGAUAAACUAACACAUUGUAUAGCUAAGCAAGAGGGACAGGCGUU